AUGGCUCAAACAGUUGUUGAAUCUACCGUGAGCGAAAAGCACGAUGUUUCCCCGGCGUCUCCCAAGAAAAGCAUUCCAGCUUUGUCGCCGCAAGUGGUGGAGUUGAUGAAGAAAGAAAGCGAGUAUAUUGUUGGUGGGUUUACACCACUCCCUGCGUACAUUACAGGUGGGCAGGGGUCAACGCUUCGGAGUAUCGAUGGGAAGCAAUACAUUGACUUCAUUGCAAUGUUCAGUGCCGGGAGUCUGGGACAGUGCCAUCCUAAAUUAGUUGAAACUGUUACUUCAACUGCUCAAACUUCUACGAUUGUCAACACUUCCUUGCGUGUGGCCAGCUGGCCCACAUUUGCUGAAAUGAUGUGCCGUAGGUUUGGAUAUGACAAGAUUAACGCCGCCGUCACUGGAUCAGAGGCAGCGGAUACCGCGGUGAAGAUUGCACGGAAAUGGGGUCAACAGGUGAAGGGCAUUUCAGCAGACAAAAUGCUCGUUCUUGGCGUCGGAGACAACUACCAUGGCCUAUUAUCCGGAAUUUGGCCCAUUAUGAACCCAGAUGUGGAAAGAGAUGCGUAUGGAGUCUUUGACGACAAGCUCACCAAUGUACAUCCGGUCAAAAAGACGAUCCUGCGGUACGGCCACAUCGAGGACAUGGAAGAAUGUUUGACAGAGCACCAUGGCAAUGUUGCUGCUAUCAUCAUGGAGUGUAUUCAUGGCCAUUUGCCAACCUUCGAGGAAGACAAACAAUACGCCCGUGCAGUUGCUCUUCUGUGCAAGAAAUACAACAUCCUCUUCAUCUCCGAUGAAAUCCGCAUGGGCGCAGGCAAGACAGGGCGCUUCCUAUGCUCCGAAUGGCUGGGCGAAGACGUCAAGCCGGAUAUGAUCACAAUCGGCAAAAGCAUCACGGGAGGAGCCUAUCCGGCUGCCUUCGUCCUAGGCAACAAUGAAACCAUGUCCCUCGUCAAGCCCUACCAGUGUGCAGGUACUUUCGCGCAAACACCCAUGGCCAUCGCCUGUACCACAACCGCCUUGAAAAUCAUCGACGAAGAAGGUCUGGUAGCACGGGCGGCGAAGAUCCAAGACCAAUUUCUUGAAUAUACCAAAGACUGGGUGCAGAAGUUUGCAUUCGUUGAGUUUGUUACCUCUCGCGGAGCAGAUUUCAAUAUCACGCUCAAGUCGGAUUAUCACAACCCUCUUGUUACGGCAAGACGCUUUGCUGCUUUGGCCAUGCACAAGGGGUUGCUCACAUAUCCGUUGGAGGGGCGUAUUCGGAUGUCGAUUGCCAUGACCAUCCCUGACGAGGAUUUGCAGAGAGGCUUUGAGAUCCUACGAGAGACUGCCGAGGAGAUUGAGCAGUAUGAGGAGAUUGCCGGUGGUGUUCAUGAAACUGAGUAA